CUGCCUGCGGCCCGCCUCCGGCUGGGAGGGGCCGGCGCCACGGCCGCUUUCCGCCCCGGUGAGGAACGGGGUGGAGGGGGGGCCCGGGAUGUGGCGGCUGCAGUCCCGGCCGGGCGGUACCGACAGGCGGCGCCGCGGCGGCGGGGGGGAGGCGGCAAGCUCAGAUGUUCAGGAGCACGUCAUGCCUGCAGGCUCUCUUUGUAAAAAGAAGCUGGCAAAAAGACCUGGAUACAUGAGGUCAGAAGCUCAGCGACAGGUAGAUUUUCAGUCCCUGAGUGCCUGCAAACCAUUCAGCCCAGAAGAGCUCAGGCAUGGCAAGCAGCACUGUGACCACCUUGAGAGCUGCUCUGUAUGCAGACAAUGCCAAAGUAACCUUGAGUUCUCAUGCUGUAGUUCUGUAGCUCCUGCUAAUGGGGUAACAGUGUUGUCCGCUACUGGAAAUAUGCCAGGAUGCCACAAAAAUCUUCCAUGUUGCAAGAGUCCACAGUCAGAAAACACAGCAAUAAUUGUUUACUCCACUGCAGCAACAAACAAAGGAGAUGUUUCUGCUGUAUGCUCUACACAGCAGAAAAGUGAUGGUGCUAAAGUGAUCAAGCCUGCAAACAUGUGUGCUUUGGAUCAGACAGAAGUGAGUAACAGCUGUGAAUAUCAAACCAGAGAUGUCAUUUCUCAUUCUGUUGGGGCACAUGAUAGCUUUAGUUCAAGUUUCAGUUUCAUACAGCUCUCCCUGAACUCAGCAUCUGUAGCAAGAGAUUCUGAAGGCAAGUCAACUGUUGAGGAAACUGAGUAUGUUCGACAUCCCAGCACUGCAGGAAAUCUACAGAAGCCAGAAGAGAUGAUGCACGCUCAUGAGCACUUGGGAGCUUUACAUUGCUUCUCUAGGCCCUGUGAGGAUUUGGCGUAUGAAAAUGAGACCACAGUGAACGAUAAACUGCAGGACUGCGAGACUGUCUCUCUCUCAGAUACAGAUGCAACAUACUCAUAUUCUGCGGAUUCCUCAGAUGCAGCAUCUGCUGGCUCUUCUGUUACCUCAGGCUAUGAAAGCAGUUUUACUGCUAGUGACCAUAGCUGGGAUACUUUGAUAAAAAAGUAUGAACCAGUGCUACAGGACUGCCUGCUUGGCAACCGUAGUACAUUAAAGAUAAAAUCCUUGAUCUUAUGGCUCCAGAGGCUUCAGGAAAAAGCAGUAGAGGAAGAUGACUAUGAUAGAGCUGAUAAAUUUAGACGGAAACUGGAAGAACUGGAGAAAGAGAAAAAGUCUUUAAAAUUUCAGCUUCCUUCAAGGCAUCCUUCAGUUAGCAGUUUUUUGGACCGGUUUGUUACCCAAGUUCAAGCAGCGUUGUGCUGGGCUGCUGAUCAUCGUGUUAGAAAUGAAGAAAUGCAAGUUUGGCAUGAAAACGAACAUAGACUUUUGAGGUCCACUUACCAGGAGAGGAUGGAGGUUUCAGCCACAAAACGAAACCAACUUUUUCAAGAAAAGAAGUGGUUACAGAAGGAAAUUGAAGACCUCCGAGCAAGACUGGCCAUAUUGGAAGCAAAAGAUCAACAGCUAAGAAGAGAAAUUGAAGAACAAGAUAGGCUUAUUCAGUCACAGGACUGUGAACUGACUGCUUUACUUGGCUGUGUUUCUUUGCGAGAACUACAGGAAAUAAGCAAGGCUGUGGGUGACACUUUAGCAUUGUCCUAUCAAAUUCCAUUCAGUCUGGAUCUUCCGGGGACAAUAAAGAGCCUUCAGGAAAAAGAGCAAUCGUUCACCAUGUCCAUUAAAGAAACUACUGCCAAAGUUUGCACGAGUCAGAAACUCUGCAGUACUUUGAGGAGGAAGGUGAGUGAUAUUGAGACUCAACUACCAGCUCUACUUGAAGCAAAAAUGCUGGCUGUUUCAGGAAGGAACUUUGGUACUGCAAAGGACCUAACAGAAGAAAUAAGAUCAUUAACAUCAGAGAAGGAGGGGCUGGAAGGACUUCUCAAUGAACUGUUGGUUCUGAGUGCCAGAAAUGUCCGAAAACUAGAGAGAAUCAAAGAUGAUUACACCAGACUGAAACAAGAGCUUGAAGAAGGAGAGACUGCCUUUGUCACCAGUGUAAAAGAAAAUGCUGAAAAGUAUAUGGAGAUACUGGAGGAUAAACUGCAUAGCUGUGGGAGCCAGCUGCUCCAAAGAGUGUGGGAAGCUGACUUGGAGGCCUGUCAGCUGUUGAUCCGAGGUUUUCAACUGAAAGGAACGAGUUGCUGUGGUUUCGAGCAAGAGGAGAACCAAAUGGAUGAGAUGGAGAUGACUGCUGAUGGCCCAUCUGAUUCUGAGAAAAGAAAAGAAGGUCACUUUCCAAAGGGCAUAGAGUGGGGCUCUGUUCCCUGCCCCAAGCACAGUGAGCUAGAAGAGGUUACAGAAGAUGUUUCAUUUGGAGCAGAGGGUCGUUUAUCUGAGGAGUUCUUCAUAUUUUCAGCAGAGCUGGGAGAAAAAUGUAAAGCAAUAAGUGAGAAAUUGGUGCACCUGGAAGAUCAGUUGCAAAGUUCUGCCUGCAGAGUUGAUGAAGGAGAUAUUCAUAUCCUUUUUGAUAGAGCUACAGUUGCCACUAGCUCCCGUGCAUAUCCUUCCUUCAUCUGCCAGUCUGUUCACUGCUGCACCCCUCGUUUUCUCAUUCCUGCUAUCUUGCCUCUCGUUGUGGAGCUGGGAAGGAGGGAAGUGGAAGGUCUCCUAAGAGGCCGAUCCAUUAGCCAUAAUUUUCUUCCCGAGUGCCUUGCAGGAAAUCUGAAAUACGCAAUGGCAAAUAAAAUGUGUAAAACUCUCUUAACCGAAUGAACUAUAUUUACUGAAUUAUCAGAUGCAUUUCUGGUGGCCUUUUUCCUUUUCAUGCACAACUGCAUAACCUUGCUGCUGCUAAUCCCUUUGCUUUUCAACUUGUUCAAAGCAUUCACUGUGAAACCUCCUAUAGCUUUGUAUUUGUGGGGUUUGUGUUGUAAUUAUACUGAUAAUUCAGCUAAGAUUAGAGCACAAAUUUUCUGUGCUAUAAGCUAAUUUUGCUGCUUACCUAGCUUCCCAACACUCCUUGUGUAGCACACAUCGCUGAGCUUGCUAAAGCUGCACAAGCUGUGGUCGCUUGGCUUACAUCUCAGACUGCUUCUGCUGCCCUGUUGCCUUUAUCUGGGGUCUGAUCCACUCAGGUCUGUGGCUCUGUCUUAAAAGUCCGCCCUCCACCCAGCAGACAGCUUGCAGCUAGUGCUGCUGCCUGCAUGGUACAGGUUCUUCAUCUCCUUCCUUCCCCUGAGAACAAUAUCCAAGCAGUAUCCCCCAUCCUGUUUCUUUUUUAAAGUGCUAAAUAAUGCUACUUGAGAACUCCAGUUUGCCUGGAUUUUUUUUUUUCUUCUUUUUGAAAGCAAGUGUGAGAAAUGUAUUAAUAUUUAAUCCUAACAAUUUGGAAGAACUUGAAGCUACAAUAAGAUAGCCACGGCCAUCUGUUGUGAGCAGCAGAACAAGAAUUUAUUUAAUAACUUGGAAAGAGAAGAGGGACUGCCAAUCACCUAUAGAUUUAUUCCUUAAUAAAGCUUGCACAGUCUCUGCAGAGGGAGAUCCAGGUGGUGAAGGAGACACUCCAGACAGUGCUCAUGCAACUUCAGCCAGCAAGGGAGGCAGAAGAAAAGGCUGGAGACUUCCUCUGUGACAGCUGGUGUCCAGGAAAACAAGACUUGAAGGAAUAAUGAGCAGAAAGAGCUGGUAGGAUGACAUUAAUUCACAAAGGGCUGCUUUUAGUAACUGAAUACUGUUUUACCAAGCCUCAGGGAUCUCUUCUCUCCCUGCAUAACUAAUAACUAAAUCAAUUAUGGAGCAACAGAGCCUGGAGGUCUAUCAUCAGAAGUAUGCUACACAGCCUCACAUGUUCUGGCACAGAUUGGGAAACAGCUUUCAGAGCAGAGCAGCCCCUGUAAAUGUGUAGAUUACAAAUUGAUACAUUUCAAGUGAGUCUGCAGAGUUGCCUUUAAUGUCAGUGAAAUGUUCUCCUUGAGGACUCAUAAACAGUAUCUGUCUUCCUUACUCAUGGAUUUUUAUCUCUGAUUUAAAAAUGUAGCAUUAAAGCUGGAACAUCGAGUAUUUCUUGAAAACUAGCUGUAAGAACAACUUUUUUUUUUCCCCCUCUUCCUUCGGCUUUAACAGCGUUCUUACACUGAAUGCAUUUUCACGUUCCUGCAAUAAUUAAAUCAAUAGGAUGAAAUUCAAGCUAAUAGCAUUCUUUCAACUGAAAUUUGGACCUCAUUUACUCAGUGGUAUUGAGUACAGUGGAGGUAACUAACAGCAACCCCUAUAGCAGUAGCUUAACUCGCUUCAUUUGCGUAUUAAUAUAAACUUGCUUUAGUAUUACAGGGGUUGUAAAGCACAAAGUAUUAUUACAUUGGUAAUUUGUCUACCUUAAAUACUGUAUGAAUGAUAUGUCAUUAUGUCUCCUUGUAAAGAUUAUUGCUACUAUUAUAUUACUUCGAUCUUCCUUAUAAACUUCAACAGGAACACAGAUUUUUUUUUUGCAACAGACAGGUAUAGUUAUAUAUACGUAAACGUGUAUUUUUAUAGGAAAUAAAACCAAUGCUCAACUGAAGCCAACUGAUAUAAAUGAUCUAUACUUAAAUCGUUGUUCAAAACAGUUAAUGCCUUUAGGAAUUCAUCAUGUACUCUUACUUGGAUACCAGUAUAUCUCUGGUGUCACAAAAAAAAUCUGCUUCUGCUAUUUUUUGCAGGGGGAGAAUUUAAAA